GUUUUCAACUCCGCUGGGACCUUUCUGUAACACCCGCACCCCGGCCUGUCUCUGCCCUUCAGUACUUCCUCCCGCAUCAAACGACAGCGGUAAACCCCGCCCAUUGGCGCCGCUUCCCAUCCCCCAGCGUUCCGAUUGGUGACUCAUUUCUCCAAACAGCCAAUGGAAAUGCUCAGAAUUCCCAUCCUCAUUAACAUACCGCUUUGGGCGCUGCCUAUUUAAUCCGCGCUCCGAGCAGCUUCUGCUCAUUAUUGUGUUUGAAACCGACGAGGAAAUGCCGGAUCCAGCGAAACCCGCUCCUAAGAAGGGCGCCAAGAAAGCUUUGUCCAAACCAGCGAGCAAGACCGGCAAGAAGCGCAAGAGGUCCAGGAAGGAGACUUACGCCAUCUACAUCUACAAAGUGAUGAAGCAGGUUCACCCCGACACCGGCAUCUCCUCCAAGGCCAUGAGCAUCAUGAAUUCAUUCGUCAACGAUAUUUUCGAGCGCAUCGCGGGCGAGGCUUCCCGCCUGGCCCAUUACAACAAGCGGUCAACCAUCAGCUCCCGGGAGAUCCAGACCGCCGUGCGCCUGCUGCUGCCCGGGGAGCUGGCCAAGCACGCCGUGUCCGAAGGGACAAAGGCGGUGACCAAGUACACCAGCUCCAAGUGAAGACAAGUUUACUGACAAAACAAACCGGAAAAUCAAAGGCUCUUUUAAGAGCCACUCACGGUUUCGUUAAAAGAGUUACACAAUGUUGAGACAUGGAAUUGAGGUAAAUUUGGAAUUUUUUGUUGAAAUGCUCAUUCAGAAUCUUAUCCCCGUUAAUCAGAAUUUGCUGUCCGCUGCUCAGUAUAAUCCCGAUUUCUCUGUUAAUUCCUGCCAACUGCCCAGACACGGAAUCGUUACGCACCCCUUUCCCCGUCGCUUCCUCUCUGUCAUUAGAUUUCUCUGACUUGGACGCUAAUUGUUUCUGGUUUAAUUACCGUGGGUUCACUAAGCUUUGUCCCAUUUUGGUUACUUCUCUUAACCCCAUUCCAACGCGAGAGCUGAACACUGUCACGGGUCGUUCAGAGUAUUUGUUAAAGCUCCACUUUCUGACGGGCGACCCGUUGCUAAACUGACUUGAGUUUGCACAAUGGCCGACCGCGAACAGCAGCUGAGAAUCGGUUUUAUUCCAAUCGUUUAUCAAUUGAAAGAUAUCGGUGAACUAAUGUCCCAG